CUUCAAUCCCGUCCAGCACAUGACGACACAAGGCCAAGGGUUGAGUCGCACCUGCCAAACGCUGCAAAAACAACAUGAGUACAAAGAGCUCGGCUGCCCACCGGCUCGGUUAGGGACCAGCUUCCUCCUUGUCAUUAUUAUUCCUUGGUUAUGCUUUGGUGGUCGGAUCUCUUCCCUCCCGUAUUCCGUCUUACCCUAUACUUCGUUAUGUUUUAUUUUUCGCCUGCCGUGGUUUACUUGGCGAUGAUGUUUUCUUUCCUUUCUUGUAUAUUUUCUCCUACCCUUGUUACUCCUUCGUAUUGCUGUUCAUGAUAGGGGUCUUUUUAUUGCGUGUCGUUCCACCCUUAUCGACUUUCUACCUUCUUCGAAAUUUUCUGUUCCCUGUUUGUACUUGAUGUGAGAUUAUGGUAAGCUCCGGGCGAAGCUUCCAUCAUCUUGCAGCAUAGCACAAUGGGCCUGCCUCCAACACCUUCAACACCUUCUGGACACAUGGCGACGCAUGAUGUGGAAAGCUCCUCUCAUCGCCAAACUGGCACUCACGUUGACCAGAUCACAGCACCUACCGUCCACAAGGCGGAGAGCUCGGACACUGCUGAUCCCGACUCAGAGGGUGGCAUUGAGCAAGAGGGCCAGGCCAAGAUCACUGAAUUAGCACGAAGCCUAUCACGUCUCUCUCAGAAAAGCGUCAGUGGGGAUGGUGUCAACCCCUUUCUUAACGUUAGCGACCCCGAGCUUGACCCGAACUCGGAGCAGUUCAACUCGCGCAAAUGGACCAAGAACUUACUGCACAUCACAUUACGUGAUCCAGAGCGCUACCCCCAUCGCACGGCGGGUGUCUCGUUUCGAAACCUUAACGCAUUUGGCUAUGGAACGGCUGCCGACUACCAGGCGACAGUAUCCAAUGUGUGGCUCAAGGCAGUAGGGUGGGUUCGAGGACUAGUUGGAGGUGGGAACAAGGUUCGGAUUGAUAUUCUGCGCAACUUCGAAGGCUUUGUCCGGAGCGGUGAGAUGCUAGUAGUUCUUGGUCGACCUGGCAGCGGCUGCUCCACCUUCUUGAAAACUAUCGCUGGCGAAACACACGGGCUAUGGCUCGACGAAGGAACUGACAUUCAAUAUCAAGGGAUCUCAUGGGACGAAAUGCAUAGUCGGUUUCGCGGAGAGGUCAUGUAUCAGGCAGAAACAGAGAUCCAUUUUCCACAACUUACCGCAGGCGAUACCCUGCUUUUCGCUGCCCAGGCUCGGGCGCCAGCAAACAGACUACCUGGUGUCAGUCGGGACCGGUAUGCAACACAUAUGAGGGAUGUCGUUAUGGCCAUGUUAGGUCUUUCGCAUACUGUGAAUACGUUAGUGGGUAAUGACUUUAUUCGUGGUGUCUCGGGAGGGGAACGCAAACGAGUCAGCAUCGCCGAGACGACGCUUUGCGGGAGCCCGUUGCAAUGCUGGGAUAAUAGCACAAGAGGGUUGGAUAGCUCGACCGCUCUGGAGUUUGUCAAGAACAUACGUCUUUCUACGGAGUAUACUGGAUCCACGGCCAUCGUAGCAAUAUACCAGGCUAGCCAAGCCAUCUAUGAUGUGUUUGAUAAAGUCAUCGUUCUCUACGAAGGCCGACAGAUCUAUUUCGGCAGUGCCCGCGACGCGAAGCGGUUUUUCAUGGACAUGGGGUUCGACUGCCCAGAACGACAAACCACAGGGGAUUUCCUAACGUCGUUGACUAGUCCGACCGAGAGGGUAGUUCGUAAGGGAUACGAAAGUCUUGUUCCUCGUACACCGGAUGAGUUUGCAGCGCGAUGGAGGGACAGCAUGGAGAGGAAGCAGCUCCUCACUAACAUUGAGUCGUUCCAGAGCGAGUUCCCUCUCGGUGGCAGCAAGAAGGAGGAGUUCAGCCGUUCUCGCGCUGCUGAGAAGGCUAAGGGUACUAGGGCUUCUUCUCCUUACACCUUGUCCUAUUGGAUGCAGAUUCGGCUAUGUCUUUGGAGGGGCUUCCUACGACUAAAGGGCGAUAUGAGUAUGACGCUAGCCACUGUCAUUGGGAAUAGCAUAAUGUCGCUUAUCAUAUCGAGUGUCUUCUACAACUUAAAUGACACAACGGACAGCUAUUUCUCCCGUGGCGCGCUAUUGUUCUUUGCCACAUUGAUGAAUGCAUUUGCCAGCGCACUUGAAAUGCUUACUCUAUGGCAGCAGCGACCAAUCGUCGAGAAACACGAUAAAUAUGCACUUUAUCACCCAUCAGCCGAAGCAAUUGGCUCCCUCAUUGUCGAUCUCCCAGCAAAGGCAAUUGUCUCCGUGGUAUUCAAUUUAAUCCUCUACUUUAUGACAAAUUUACGUCGUACACCAGGCCAUUUCUUCGUCUUCUUCCUAUUCUCUGUGACAACCACGUUGACCAUGUCCAACGUGUUUCGUUGGAUAGGAGCAGUCUCGCGGUCGCUAGCGCAGGCAGAAGUUCCCGCCUCGAUUUUCAUGAUGAUACUUAUAAUCUAUACGGGGUUCACUAUUCCAGUCCGAGAUAUGCAUCCCUGGUUUCGAUGGCUAAAUUAUAUCAAUCCAAUUGCGUAUUCCUUUGAGUCACUCAUGAUCAAUGAAUUCAGUGGCCGGCAAUUCGAUUGUGCAGCCUACGUGCCAUCCGGCCCAGGAUAUGGCAAUACUCCUCUCAGCUCAAAGAUUUGCUCCGGCAAGGGUGCUGUUGCAGGCCAGGACUAUAUAGACGGUGACCGGUAUCUGGAAGUGUCCUUUGAGUAUAACCGUUCUCACCUCUGGCGUAAUUUUGGUAUCCUUCUGGGCUUUCUUUUCUUUUCCCUCGCGGCCUAUGUUGUCUGCAGUGAGCUCGUCAGGGCGAAGCCAUCGAAGGGCGAGAUUCUGGUGUUCCCUCGCGGUAAAAUGCCUGCCUUCGCAAAGAAGGUUCGCCAGGAAGGGGACCUAGAGAACUCGCACGUCCCAGAAAAGCUGAAGAUGGGGAGAAGCGAGGACGACAACCAUGUCGGUGCCAUCGUCAAACAAACAUCAAUCUUCCACUGGCAAGAUGUCUGCUACGAUAUAAAGAUCAAAGGUCAAAAUCGUCGCAUAUUGGAUCACGUCGACGGGUGGGUCAAACCAGGGACUCUUACAGCUCUGAUGGGCGUUACCGGCGCCGGCAAGACCUCCCUUUUAGAUGUUCUGGCUAAUCGUGUGACGAUGGGUGUGAUUACCGGGGAGAUGCUUGUGGAUGGGCGCAUGCGUGAUGAUUCCUUUCAGCGCAAAACUGGCUAUGUCCAGCAACAGGACUUGCACUUGGAAACAAGUACUGUCCGAGAGGCCCUUGUCUUUAGUGCCCUGCUUCGCCAACCCGCGAGUACUCCGCGGAAAGAGAAGCUCGCUUAUGUGGAAGAAGUGAUUAAGAUGCUCAAUAUGGAGGAGUACGCCGAGGCAGUAGUCGGUAUCCUGGGCGAGGGCCUCAACGUCGAGCAACGCAAACGGCUGACUAUCGGAGUGGAGAUUGCUGCUAAGCCCGAUCUUCUCCUAUUCUUUGACGAGCCUACCUCCGGUCUUGAUAGUCAAACUGCGUGGUCAAUCUGUUCCCUCAUGCGGAAGCUUGCCGAUCAUGGGCAAGCCAUCCUAUGUACCAUCCACCAGCCUUCUGCCAUAUUGAUGCAGCAGUUUGAUCGACUGCUGUUUCUAGCUAAGGGAGGCAGGACCGUUUACUUUGGUGACCUCGGACCGAACAUGACAACCUUGAUCAAGUACUUCGAAAAUAAAGGUUCCGCCAGAUGCCCACCGAAUGCUAAUCCUGCUGAGUGGAUGCUUGAGGUCAUCGGUGCUGCCCCCGGGUCUCGUGCGGACCAGGACUGGCCUGAGGUUUGGAAUCAGAGUCCUGAGCGCGCUCAGAUACGACAGGAACUAGCUGAAAUGAAGGGGGAGUUGCUGCAACGACCGCAAGCCCCUCGAACUGCUGGGUAUGGCGAGUUUGCGAUGCCAUUGUCGACCCAAUUCUUGAUUUGUCUCCAGCGAAUGUUCCAACAGUACUGGCGCUGCCCAUCAUACAUUUAUGCGAAGGCCGCGAUGUGCAUAAUUCCGCCUUUGUUUAUCGGAUUCACAUUCUGGAGAGAACCAACCAGUAUACAAGGCAUGCAGAAUGAGAUGUUUGCCAUUUUCAUGCUUCUUGUGAUCUUUCCCAAUCUCGUUCAACAAAUGAUGCCGUAUUUUGCAACUCAGCGCUCCUUGUACGAGGUACGGGAGCGCCCGUCAAAGGCAUACUCGUGGAAAGCGUUUAUGCUCGCCAGCAUCAUCGUGGAACUGCCGUGGAACAUGUUGAUGGCCGUACCCGCGUACUUUUGUUGGUAUUAUCCAAUCGGUUUAUACCGCAACGCCUAUCCGUCAGACACGGUAACGGAGCGCGGUGGCACGAUGUUCCUUCUCGUCUUGAUCUUUCUCAUGUUCACGUCUACGUUCAGCUCGAUGGUCAUUGCCGGCAUCGAACACCCAGAAACCGCUAGCAACAUCGCCCAGAUGAUGUUUUCCCUGUGUCUCAUCUUCUGUGGUGUCCUUGCGACUCCAGAGGUGCUGCCUGGCUUUUGGAUUUUCAUGUAUCGCGUGUCGCCAUUCUCCUACCUCGUAAGCGGGGUUUUAUCUGUUGGUAUAGCAGGAGCCGCCGUCAAAUGCUCGGAUAUCGAGGUGCUACACCUACCACCCCCCGCGGGUCAGAACUGCUCGAGCUACCUCAACCCAUUUGUGGAGGCAGCAAAGGCUAACCUUCUCAACCCUGACGCCGACAGUGACUGCCAGGUAUGUGCCAUGUCGAUGACGGAUCAGUUUUUGGCAGGUGUAAGUAUUAAAUACUCGGAUCUGUGGCGAAAUGUCGGGAUCUUGUUUGUGUAUGUGGUGUUUAACGCCUUUGGUGCGGUCUUUUUGUACUGGCUGAUUCGUGUGCCGAAGAAACGAGCUCUCAAAAAGGCUAAGAAAGAGUAACUCGGAGGAGGCAAGGGGGAGGGCCUCUAUAGUCAUAUCAUUUGAGCUAUCGGGGAUAUAUGUUACUAGAGGAGGGACCUAGGAGCUAGACGAGGUUCUUAGUGACGGACCAUUUGCUAAGUUCUAUUUUACGGAGAUAAUUCUCCUUUGCUUUUAGCAGAGCCAUCUCCACAGAUGCUACUGUAUAUUACGUGCGGAUUAGCCAUUUGCGUGUUAUCUUUUCAUGCAAAUUGUACGACUACAGCCUUUGAGAAAUCAUUAUCCUGGAAGCCAACACCCACAUACACAAUGGCCUUGUCCAGAGUAAUCCCAAUUUCCUAUCACUGGCUUCCUCCCGCCCUGACAUCUGUGAUGUCCCAACAUUUAUCAUACACGGAGACUUCGGAUGCAACGUCAAACCUCUUUGCGAGCCGCAUAUCCGGAAUUCCGUCAACCCCGAAAUCAUAGGCUUUAGUUACUCCUCUGAGAACGGCCUCCAUUAUUCCAUGAUCUACAGAGCCACCCCAUCCCCAGUCCACCAUUCCAGCAUAACAGUAUAGUCUGGGGUAGCAUCCGGUGGAGCACAAAGACAUAAGCUAUGGAUCCGC